AUGGACACCACUCGAAAGACAACGCCCAAGGCAACAAAGCUCACCGGCGAUCGAGCUGCUCGAAAGCGCGAGCAAGACCGACAAGCCCAGAGGAGCGCCCGCGAAAAGACCAAGAAACUUAUCGCCCAUCUCGAGUCGCGGAUCGAAACACUGACCCGUUUCCAUAACAGCGGCAAUGUCCAAGAGCUGAUCGAUGAGCUGGAGGUGCAGCGCAAAGCGAACGAAGCCCUGCGGACUACGCUGCGGUCGAUCGAAAAGGCAAUCAACGGGGGCCUUGCUGAAGCAAAUACCGCGCUCAAAAAUUGCAACAACAUGAAGCCGCCUCCCGAAGAUGGAUCAACGUCGCCCAGCAGCGAAAAUAGCAAGCAAAUCGGGUCGAACGGGGGAAUUCAAGAUAUCGCACAACACUCCAACCUCCUAGCGCCUGGCCACUGUCAUAUUGCCCAACAGUCCGCGAGCCCAGCCUUUGAUGAGGCGAGCAUGAUCGACAAAUUCUCCCCCAAUGGCUCGUUUGUCGACAUGCACGCUGGGUUGUCAUUGACGGGGAAGCCCGCCGACGACAUUCCAGUCCCGUUUAAUAGCACUUUGCACACAUUUCCGAUGGAUAUGCCCAUGCCUAUCCAAGCGGUUGUGCACUCAACAGAACCUCCAUGUGACUGCUGUAAACAGUUGCUAUACAUGAACGACAUGCUCGGCCGGUUUGCACUUACGUGCACACGGAGUAUGGCUGAUCAGCGAAUUCGCGAUGCCGACAUUGCAAUCCGCGCUGUAGUCCAUGGGUGGGAUGCCGUCACUCAUCUGCACCCGCUGGACCCGGUCUGGACCAUGCUUCGAACGGCGGACGAGACCGUCUGGCGCACUUGUGGUGCGGUUGAGCGAGUAGGCAUCCUUAGGGUGCUCAGCCUGAUGCUUCGCUACCUAUCCGACCCGUCUGAGCCCAACCUGAGCCAUCUUCCAAAAUUCAUGCGGCAGCGGCCGUCCCAGCACCGUAUCAUACACAAGCCACUGAUAGACUUUGUGGUCUGGCCUGCCCUUCGAGAGCGAUUGAUUCUAUUCCCCCAUCAGCACUGCUCUGAGAAGUUCUGGUCAACGUUCUGGACCUGUUUCCGUUUCAAUUGGCCAUACAGAUUACAGGACUGUUUUCUCCAGCAGGGCCAAACUGGACUCUAUCGUUUCUCCGAUGCGUUUAGCAAGUCAUUUUACGACCUACAAAACUGGGGCAUGACCCCCGAAUUCUUCCGCCAGUACCCCGAUCUGGAAGCGGACGUGAACGUAAUUCCAGCCGAUGCAGAGCCAACACCGGUCACUGUAGGCAGCGACACAUUAACGUUGGGUAAUGGGGGGAUGGGCCACGAGAGUGUAUCGCGGCUCGAUCCAGUCACGGCGAAUAUGUUCACAGCGUUCCCGGCGGACUGGUCAACACGGAGUCAACUGUUUUAG